UAAAGCGAACUGAUUUUUAACCGAGCGGCGUCACGAUCAUAUCAGAGCGGGAUUUAACGGGCUUUAAACGUGAGGAUACGGGACAGCAGCGUCUAGCUUCUCAACAUCUGGGCAGAGAUGUGACAGCUUCUUGGCAUUGUGGCGUUGUGUUUUUGUUGCUUUUGUUGUAAUUUGUUGUGGGGGACCUCCCUAAAGCCUCAACUCAGGAACUAUCCACUGACAUUCCCUGCCUUGGCAGCUACACUGUUUUCCUUUUUCCGCAGAGCGACAUUUCGUCUCUGUGUUACAGUGUGCAGAAAAUGGCAACUGCUCUCAGCGGACGCCCACCUAACAAUCGGAAAGGCCGUCUUUUGGGCAUCAUAGAGACCAUCCAGGACGCGGUCGGACCCCCCAAGCAAGCGGCCGCGGACCGGCGGACCGUGGAAAAGACAUGGAAACUCAUGGAUAAAGUGGUGAGGUUAUGUCAGAACCCCAGGCUGCAGUUGAAGAACAGUCCUCCGUACAUCCUGGAUAUCUUACCUGACACUUACCAGCACCUGAGGCUGAUUCUGUGCAAAUACGAGGAGAACCAGAGACUUACUCAGCUAAGCGAGAAUGAAUAUUUUAAAGUGUACAUAGACAGCCUGAUGAAGAAAUCCAAAAGAGCCAUCCGCCUUUUUAAGGAAGCCAAAGAGAGAAUGUAUGAAGAACAGUCACAGGACAGGCGAAACCUCACCAAGCUCUCGUUGAUCUUCAGUCACAUGCUGGCCGAGAUCAAAGCCAUCUUUCCGGGCGGACAGUUCCAGGGAGACACGUUCCGCAUCACCAAGGCCGACGCUGCCGAUUUCUGGAGGAGAUCUUUCGGCGAAAAGACAAUAGUACCCUGGAAGAUAUUCCGGCAGUGCCUUCACGAAGUGCACCCCAUCAGCUCCGGGUUGGAGGCCAUGGCUCUCAAAUCCACAAUCGACCUCACUUGCAACGACUACAUCUCCGUGUUCGAGUUCGACAUUUUCACUCGUCUUUUUCAGCCGUGGGGCUCAAUCCUGAGAAACUGGAACUUCCUGGCGGUCACUCACCCAGGCUAUAUGGCCUUCCUGACGUAUGAUGAAGUGAAGGCACGUCUACAGAAGUACAUGAACAAACCCGGCAGCUACAUCUUCAGGCUGAGCUGUACGCGGUUAGGGCAGUGGGCCAUCGGCUACGUCACCAGUGACGGCAACAUACUGCAGACCAUUCCACAUAACAAACCACUGUUCCAGGCGCUCAUAGACGGAUGCAGAGAGGGCUUCUACCUGUUUCCUGAUGGCCGUAGUUAUAAUCCAGAUCUCACCGGCCUGUGUGAACCCACUCCACACGACCAUAUUAAGGUCACCCAGGAGCAGUAUGAGUUGUACUGUGAGAUGGGAUCUACGUUUCAGCUAUGUAAGAUCUGUGCCGAAAACAAUAAAGAUGUAAAGAUCGAACCAUGUGGACACCUCAUGUGCACUUCCUGUCUGACAUCAUGGCAGGAUUCUGACGGCCAGGGUUGUCCAUUCUGUCGCUGUGAGAUCAAAGGGACGGAGCCUAUCAUUGUGGAUCCGUUUGACCCACGAAACGAAGGGGCCAAAUGUUUCCUGCUGGACCACUUCAGCUGUCCCAUGCUGGACUUGGAUGAUGACGAUGACAGAGAGGAUUCUUUAGUCAUAGAUCAUAUCAAGAAGUCCAUGGAAAUCCAGAACUCGCCGAUAAUGUCCCCGACAUCAUCUCCCAUAUGCGAACGUCGAAAAACCACUGCAGAUCAUAUGGGUUCUCACCUCAACAUUCCACCUGUACCGCCCCGCCUAGAUCUCAUCCGAUCGCCCGCCCCCAGCCCCACCGGCUCCCCUAAGUCCUCACCAGGCAUGUCCAGAAAACAGGACAAACCGCUUCCCGCUCCCCCACCGCCACUGAGAGACCCCCCUCCGCCACCUCCUCCAGAACGCCCUCCUCAUAUGUCUCAAGAAGGUCGGGCCGCCUGGCUCGCCACCCCCUCGUCCGGCCUGCCCAGAGACCCGAGAGCACCCUCGGAAGCCUGGAGUCCCAAAGACACCACCUCUGUGUCAGACAGCAGGGCCGCUGCUGCCGAUCGCUCCCCAAAACUCGCCCACGCUGCACCUGCACACAUCAACGGGAGACCCCUCAGCUGCUCCGGUGCAGACCUGGGGGUAAACCGGAACGGCCACAGAUUUAACAACCAAUCAGAGUGUAGUAAGUCUUUCGUCAAUGGUCUUUUACCCAGUGAUGAUUAUGACAUCCCUCCUCUACGUCACUCCCCUCCUCUGAUGGAGCACAACCAGAGACACACCAACCCCUUCACCAACCGGAGUCACACAGACAGACUGGAGGACGAGUAUCAAGUACCUUCAUCACAUCCUGUCUGCCUCACACAGCCACCCGUCUGUAUCCCCUACCGUAUCCCCAACAGGGCUUUAGAAAAUGGCUCGUCAGAUCUCUCGACAGAUAUAAAGAAACAUAAACCUCAAGAGCAUGGUGGGUUUGACUCCAGUUCAUUGAUUUCAGGUGUGUCUAACACCACACAGUGUCCACUUCAUAACAGGACACCCUCAGACUACGACAUUCUACUGCCCCCUCAAGCAUCUCCAAUGGAAGACCCAUUCAACUCUAUUCCCCCAUCCCAGCCUCCACCUCCUCCUCCCAUCAGAAAUAGUUUUACAGAACCCUCUACCUCCUCACCCUACCCCAGACCUGUCCGUCCCUCGUCUGGACACGACCACUUCCUGCUCAGCGCCGAUACGUUUAUAGAUUCGUUGAACAACUCGGCUCCUAAUCCCCCUGUGCGGAGACAAACAGGAGAUAACACAAAGACUUCAUUCAGAGCUCCACAAGACUACGAUCAGCUGCCUCCCACCUCAGUGGCCGCAGAUUGCUUCAGGGCACCUGAGAGACCUCCAAAACCACUUCCUAGGAUCAUCCCACCGGACAUCCACAGAAGACCGCACGAGUCGUCCCGAGAAAGCGUCGACGCCAAAAUCGCCAAGCUGAUGGGGGAGGGCUACUCGUUCGAGGACGUGAAGCGGGCGCUGAUGAUAGCGCAGAACAAAGUGGACGUGGCGCGGAACAUUUUACGAGAGUUCGCGCUGGUGGCGCCAAGGCAGAGCCUGUAGGCCGAAGCAGACUUAGACUGACUCUUAACGCAGAGCUUACAACCGUCCGCAGGCUGAUACCCUCUCGCUUAAAGCUCCCGCGCGCGUCUGCCGAACCAAACGGAAAAUAACAUCUGUGAGGUUUUAGCCAUAAAGGAGCGUCACGCCGUUGCUUGUGUGGACAAUAGAAUCCUGUGAAAGAGCCUGGUGUUUACACAGCCAGUUUGUGUUUUGGUGGCUUUCCGCUGCUGGAUUUUUAUCUGGUCAUCGUCGUUGUAGCCGUGGCCGUUCGAGAGAUGAAUCCAAAAAUGAUUUUUUGUUUGGGUGUCCAUCCACACUUACAGCAGUAGUUAAAGUUUUUAUUUUGUCCGUGAGCCUGUGUUUGUAUGCCAGUGUCUGCAGGCUGUAAAAGCAUUUCCUGCCAACGCUGCCCGCCAUACCCCUGCAAAACACACACACACACGUCCGGCUGCUCUUUCAUGGCCUCUCGGGUAUCGUGAUUUCACAGUAAUGGCUCUCCGUCUGCUCGUUCCUCCUUUAUCUCAUUAAUUCGCUAUGAUCACGACAAACCAGAUCAGAGAAAGAUUCUGUCUGUCUAACUUUUGAAUGUCAGGUUCUUUCAUGAUUCACUUUUCGUCUGCUUUGGCGGUGCAAACCUGGUUACAGAUGCACCUGUUUUGGUCGUACGCUAUAUGAACGCAUUCAACAUCUUUCGUGCGGUAUAAAGGCUCAGUGCAAGAGGGGUUGUGUUGAUGUAAGGGCUAACAAUCGCUGAUGUCAUCGCUGCGGAAAUCUAAAUGUGUGCAUCAGUUUUGUAUUUAUUUGACAUUGUUAGUUCUUCAGAAAGGAAGUUACUUAAUGUUACCCUGAGCUCACACUGGUUCUGAACGUGUCAUUUUUAUUUGCGCAGACAUGCCAAAAUAAAAAAAAGAAAGAAUUUGAAAACAUGAUUAUAGAAACUAGUUUACAAAUUGACGCACAAGUGUAACACUCCCGAUUCAUCCAUGGCCUUAUGGGAACUGUGGAUGCCAAAUUGCUUUGACUCUUCUCACUGGCUGUGUCAUUUCUCUUAUCAGGUUAUCUCUUGCACUUGAAACUUCAUUUUGCACUGGUCUUUCACUUCACGUUACACCUGAAAGUCUUGAACUCGAGCGGAAACUUGACGAUGGCCUGCGGAUGAGUACGUGACCUUUGACAGGUCUGCUGCGGGGAAACUGUUUUUCUGUUCUCUCUCUUCUUUUUUACAAGAGAUUUAGUUUGUUGGAAAAUGCUUUGUGGAUCAUUUAAACCAGUGAUGUGUGCAAUUAAUUUAUACGUUGUUAAAAAGAUUAUUUUCAUCUUUCAGUAAUGUUGGUAACCCGUGAUCAGUUCUUGUGGAGAAAAUGUUUUAUAAAAGCCAGUAUUAACAUCUGCUUCUC